GUUUACGAUUUUGUGGGGCAGCCCUCGUAGUAAGGAAAUUGAAGCUUAAGAGAAUAGUAGCAUUUCUUGAUUUUACAUAAAGACCACCUAGCACAUAGUUCUGUUACAUUGAAAUAGAGACGGACAGGUCUAGCAAAAUAAAUUUAUUUCUGGUCUUUUAGGAUAAAACAUUCCGAAGAAUUCAAUGCGUAAUCGUGUUCAAAAUCAAUUAUUGCCUAAGUUGGAGCCAGAGGGCGUGAAAAAUGUUGCACUAUGCAGUAUGAUAGGUUAAUAAGUUAAGUAUUGUAAAAGUCGUACAAUAUGUAAGGUGAACCUAAUUUGCACUGCCAUUAUUGGAAUUGUUUUGACAAAUGACAAUUAAGCACUACAUUUUUAUUGUUCGACUGUUUUGUUGUGAAGGCGGAUAAUAAAUAAAAAGCUAUGUUUGAAUAUUAUAGAAAAUAAUUGAAAUUUCUGUAGGAAUGUUCAUGCAUAGCCUGAAGUAACUCUUUUUAAUAUAAAGAAAAUUGUGUUUGUUUCUUUAUUUGUUUGUUUUUUUGUUGUUGUUUUUUUCAGUUCCCCCGAAUGUUUCAGUAAUUGCAACAAACACUACGGUUAAAGAAUCUAAUACUUUGUUAAUGUGUAUUGCAAAAGGUGCUCCCGACAGUAAUUAUAGAUACGGAAAAUGGAUUCAAAGAUGGCCAGGAUAUGGAGUGCCUGUGUCAGUGAGGCCCGGAAGUGAGACGCUAGAACUGACGGGUUUAACAUACGAGCACUCCGGAUUUUAUACGUGUACUGCCAGUAAUGGAAUUAAAGUCUUUGGUACAAACAUAGAAUUUAUUGAAGGAAAAGAAGUACAUUUACUUGUGAAAUCGUUUCCAGUUAUAAUCACUAUGGAUGACAAAUUUGCAAGCAGGAUAAAUAAAAAUGUAACUGUCAAGGUGGACUAUUUCUCGAACGUACCUGGAACAGAAGUGAAACUUUAUAAAAAUGUAAAUGGUGCGGGAAAAACAGGCGUUACCUUAUUUGUGGAUAAGAAUCCUGUUGAAAUUGAGUUACCCGUAUUUUCACACUUUGUCAAAAUCAACGGUACAAGGUCUAUCGUAACAAUUCCAAUAAAAUCAGAAGUGGAUUAUGGGUCAUAUAUUGUUGUUGUCUCAAAUGAAAUAGGUUCUAGUAAUAGGUCAUUUGAAGUUGUGCUGACAGAGCAACCAGGUUCACCGAGAGGUUUUACAAUAGACUAUAUUCAGCAUAACAAGGCGCGUUUGUCGUGGAUGCGUGGAUAUAAUGGAGGCUUGACACAAACUUUCGUUAUACAAGUAGGCACAGAUGAAAAGACAUGGAGUGAUGUGAAAGUAUUUGACAGAAUUACUAAAGACGAAAAGCCAAUAACCACUGUCUUGUCAGAUCUUCAUGAUUCAACAACAUACUUUGUUCGAGCAUACGCAUAUAAUGAGGAAGGAAAUAGUCCUUUGUCUAAAACUCUUAAUUUUACUACAUCUUCAAUCAAAGUGAAGGUCACUAUUGAGGCAAAUAACACGUCUACGAUUAUCAUGGGAGUAGUUCUCGGCAUUGUUAUAGUUGCGUUUGUAAUAUCAAUGUACGUGAUAGUACAGCUCAAGAGGAAACUUGAACACAAUCCAAACAAAGAUAUCUCCAAAGAUACAAGCAGCAGAAAGUAUGUAAAUGUGGAUGAUUCGAUCAAACUGAAAACAGAAAAUGUAAAGAAGAAAGGCACAUCUCCCGAUGUUCAAGCCUCAGAAAGUCAAUAUACAGAGCUUGAUAAAGAUCUGAAGGAAGCAGAAUCUGCAUACGAUGCUAUUUCAACUAUGUAAAAUGACAACGUACACGACGUGUCAUUUAGUACACGUCAUAUCCACGUGUUUGCUGGACCUUAAGAUAAUUCAGAGAUAGUUCAGAGAAUUUAUGCAUAUGAUAAAUAUUGAGGAACUUUUUUUUCAAAUUCCUUUAUGCUUGCUAUAAAGAAUGUUGUCUUGACAUAAGCGUGUAUUCAAUGCUAUUUUUUGUUUUUUUAAAAUGAGGACGUAAACGUGACAGUAACUGCGCGUCAGAUUCAUGUUUGUGUUAAACUAAAAGUAGAUCACCAACGUACAUCAGUUGAAUACAUGUGUUAUAUAUAAUUAGUAAGGGUCUUUUUAUAAUUUCGUUAUGUUAACGAUAAGAAAUCUGUUUUGUCAUCUACAUAGAUAAAGACUUAGCGAAAUAAUAUUUACAUAUUAUCAACUGGAAGAAUGGCUUUCGGAACAGAAUGUAAAAUUUAUUCGUAAUGAAUUUUUUGUUUUUAAAAAUGAAAUUGUUUUUUUACUUUAAAUAAAAGCUACUUUAAAGCUGCAUUUUAUAAAUAUGUAAAGAAAUUUCGGAGUAGGUCUAAAAACAAGCAUUCUACAGAUUAAUUUUACCUUUUAAACAGUAUUGUUGUAAAUAUAAUCAAAUAGUGUUCCGAAAACUCCACUGUAACACUCACGUUCGUUUACGAAUUUUAACAUGCAAGUGAAGAGUAUAGAUAGCUCUUGUAUGCGCUCAUGCAAUUGACACAUCACAGUGUGAAGCAUUAAAAAACAGUUGUUGUUAUCUGGAA